GCCAGUCUGUGCUCUGUGCUCUUAUCAACCAUUACCUGAUACAGGCAGUUCCUUGGGCUAAGAUAGCGCUAUGUGUAAUAAGGCGUAGCACUAAUCGUGUCAAGUAUCGGUAGCACAUGGGGCCGCCGCCACUGAAUGGAUGCCUCGUUAGCAGCUACCUGCCCGCCAGGCGUUGCGCGCCGCCAAUCGCAGGUACUGCUUGAUCCCGGGCCCCAUCGUCAGCCCGAGCAGCGAGGUCCUGCUGCUACUAAGCCGAAGCCUCGCUCGUGGGGUUCACUUUUGUCGCGGCUACCCACCAUCUUUUCCCUUCCCCAAACCAAAAGUCAUGGAGUUUUGACAACUACAUGCCACAGACGACCGACCGUACAUACUGCAUCGCUACAUCGCCGCGUUACUGCAUUGCUGCAUUGCUGCAUCAUUGAAUCGCCUCUGCCGCCAUUACUCGUGCGGUGCUAUUUGCUGCAUCCCUACCUUAUUAUAUACCUGAUACUGCAGCCUCCUGCGCCGUGAUACAGGCGCAUACCAACCGACUGCGUUCGGCCUUUUGCCAAGUACCGACUGCUUUGCAUUGUCGUCCUUGCGCACUUGAACAGCUCUCCGUCGGUUGACUGCAUAUCAGUCUUC